UUCAUAUUCCCGUUCUUUGCCCUUUUGGUUCCCUUCCUUGUGAAUCUUAUCAUAUCUUGAGGCUUGAAUCCUUUGGUGGAUUUGCUUCAAUUGCGCGUGUCCUUUCCUUCGUUUUGCGUUCCCGUUGAUAUUAUACAUAUAUAUAAAUAACUCACAAUGACCGGGGUCAAGGACGCGGUAAAAGAGUCCUUGGUUGGCUUCAGUACGGAUCUGUCACAACCAUCACACCAGGCGAAGACCACCUUCCACCGUCACGCCCACAAGGAUGAAGCUUCCGGCGAUCUGUACAUGACCGAAGAUGGUUUCAUUGAUGCCAUCGCCCCAAAGCAUGAGGAUUUUCACAAAAUCAAGCGGGAACAUUAUGGAAUCCUCUUCCGAGUUGCGGAUCGCAAGCAGACCGGCAAGCUCAGUCUCAGCGAUUGGGCAACCUUCGAGAACCUCCUCUCCAAGCCCGAUGCCGAAUAUGAGAUCGCCUUCCGCUUGUUCGAUACCGACGGAACCGGCACCGUGAAGUGGGAAACCUUCAAGAACCUAUAUAAUGUGAACAAGAAAGAGGACAGCAUUCCCUUUGAUUGGAACUCGGAAUGGGCCUCUCUAUACACCGGACGCACCAAGAGUCGCCAUGACAUGACCUACCCCCAGUUCGCGCAAAUGCUCCGAGGCUUGCAGGGGGAGCGUAUCCGCCAGGCGUUCCACAUCUUCGACAAGGAUGGGGAUGGCUACAUUCAACCCGAAGAAUUCCAGCGCAUUAUCCUGGAAACUUCGAAACACAAGUUGUCCGACUACGUGCUGGAACACCUCCCCAGUCUGUGCAACAUCUCCGCCGGCUCCAAGAUCUCUUACGCAACCGUGCGUGCCUUCCAGAAUAUCAUGCGCGAGAUGGACAUGAUUGAUGUCAUUGUGCGUGAAGCGGCCCUGAAGAGCGACGAUGGGAAGAUCACCCGCGCCGACUUCCUGAAUGAGGCCGCCCGCAUCACCCGCUUCUCGCUGUUCACCCCAAUGGAAGCCGACAUCCUUUUCCACUUCGCCGGCCUGGAUGCGCCGUCCGGCAGACUUUCUCAGAAGGAUUUCGCCAAGGUCAUCGAUGCAUCAUGGCGGAUGCCCCUUGCGAUUGCGGGCCAGGCCGUCUCCACCGCUCACAAGGCGGCGGACAAGACCAAAUCGGUCCUGUAUAACGUGUUGGAGUCGGUUCACCACUUCGCACUGGGCAGUCUGGCGGGAGCGUUCGGCGCCUUCAUGGUCUACCCCAUUGACUUGGUCAAGACUCGGAUGCAAAACCAGCGGUCAACGCGGGUCGGCGAAAGAUUGUACAACAACUCCCUGGACUGCGCACGGAAAGUGAUCCGGAACGAGGGUUUCACCGGCCUGUAUUCCGGAGUGGUGCCUCAGCUGAUCGGUGUUGCGCCGGAGAAGGCUAUCAAGCUGACCGUCAACGACUUGGUCCGUGGACAUUUCACCAAUAAGGACAAUGGCAAGAUCUGGUACCCGUACGAAAUUCUGGCCGGUGGUACGGCCGGUGGUUGCCAAGUGAUCUUCACCAACCCUCUCGAAAUCGUCAAGAUCCGUCUGCAGGUUCAGGGUGAGAUUGCGAAGAGUGUGGAGGGUGCUCCUCGUCGCUCGGCCCUCUGGAUUGUGAAGAACUUGGGACUGGUUGGGCUGUACAAGGGCGCGAGUGCCUGCUUGCUUCGUGAUGUUCCCUUCUCCGCGAUCUACUUCCCUACCUAUGCUCAUCUGAAGAGCGACUUCUUUGGCGAAUCCCCGACCCAUAAGCUCGGUGUCGUGCAGCUGCUGACCGCCGGUGCGAUCGCUGGUAUGCCCGCAGCGUAUCUGACGACUCCUUGCGAUGUCAUCAAGACUCGUCUGCAAGUCGAAGCCCGGAAAGGUGAAGUGGGAUACACUGGCCUGCGUCACUGCGCCCAAACCAUCUUGAAGGAGGAAGGCUUCAAGGCUUUCUUCAAGGGUGGUCCGGCCCGUAUCAUUCGCUCAUCUCCCCAGUUCGGUUUCACUCUCGCAUCAUACGAACUGUUGCAGAAGUGGCUGCCCAUGCCCGGGCACGAGGAGACCACCCCCAGUGGACAGAUCGAGCCCGGCGUCGGUCUUCAGGGUGCCAAGGCUCCUCUUCCCUACCUCAGAUCCCGGAAUGCUUUGAAGCUGAUCCUGGAUCUUGAUGAGAAUAUUGGCCGUGUCAAGAUUCCUCAGGCCGACAAAUGGCCCAAGUUUCUUCAAACACCAAGCACUAACUGAGCAUGACUUUGUAUUUACUAGCGACAUUUUGAUUUCGUUUCUGCUUUCCUUUCUUUGUCUUCCAUUGAAAAUACCUUCUGCUUUCAUAAUUUUUUUCUUUUGCUCUCCUUUUGGUUUAGUACCCGGGUUCUGACGCGAAGACCGUUUUCUUUUUUUGCUCUUCUGCCCGUCCGAAGGACCACCUCGCAUUUUGCACAUUGUAUCAAAAAGGAAUAGACGUGGGAAGGGAUAGAGAUAUUUUACUACUCCCAAAUUGCAUGAGAUGUCCUAGACCUUGUGAAAUUUGUGAUCGUUCAAUGGAUGUGCCAUCGCCAUGUCCAACUGUCAUUUUCUAUAUACGAAUGUACAGGUACCGAAUAUGUGAUAUGUACCUCACUUUGAUUUCAAGCGUGUGAAAUAUAUGCUUUUCUUUUUUGCAUUCGACAUCCAGGCUUGGUACUAUACAACAGAGCAAACACACUGUAGAGGUCAAAAUGACGUGGGUAUCAUAACAUUUCAGAAAAGCCGGAACACGUCUCUUCAAUAUACAGA